AUGAAAUUCAUUGCAUCUGUCGUUGCUGCCUUCUUCAUUGCCACAGUGGCUGCUCAGGAGGCCGCCCCCUCAGUUUACACUACCCGCACUCGCAUUGUCAAUGGAACGCCUGUCGUCGAAGCUUUAGUCGGUGUCGUCAGCACCGCCACCGAAACUGUCACAAGAUACUCUACUGUCUACGCAGCCACCGUCCGUACCCAAGAGAACCUUGUAAAGGGCACAGUGCCCAAUCUGUCAAGCAUUGUCAUCGACCACGGUAUUCUUAGCGUUCUCAACACUCUUCGCAGUACCUCAUUUUCCACCUUUACCACCACGAUUCCUGCCAACGCACCUCUCAGACGACGAGAUCUUGCUGAUGUUGAAGCUGCUGCCCCCGUUGCCUCCGCCACCGUUUAUCCUCAAGCCAACUAA